GCGGCAGCGGGGAGAGAGAAAGAUGGAGGUGAGGGUCGGGGAGAGACUCUUGUGCCUGGCUGUGCUGUCCAGCGUCUUCUUCGUGGAUUCAGUAGUCGGGAAAUACGUCAAAGGCAUCGUCAACACCAAAGAGGAUUGGGUUUUCCUCACUCGCUUCUGCUUCCUCACCGACUUUGGACGUCUAGACUUCCGGUUCCGCUACCCAAAGUCUCGCUGCUGUCAGAACAUAUUGCUUUACUUUGAUGACAGUUCUCAGUGGCCAGCUGUGUACAAGAGGCACGAAAAGAACUGCUACCAAAAGGAAGCGGUGCUGAGGCCCGAGAACAACCAGGUCAUCAACCUGACAACACGCUACACCUGGUCAGGCUGUGUGGUGGAAGGAGACGGGAAUGAGGAGGUUCUGAGCUGUGUGGGCGGCCGCAGCUUCCGCUCGGUGAGGGAGAGAUGGUGGUACAUCGCUCUCAGCAAGUGUGGGGGAGAUGGCUUGCAGCUGGAGUACGAGAUGAAACUGACCAAUGGCCAGUCUUUCUGGACGCAGCAUUUCUCUGCAGAUGAGUUCGGAAUCUUGGAGACGGACAUCACGUUCCUGGUGAUCUUCUCCUUGGUGUUCCUCCUCUCCUGCUACUUCGCCUACAAUCUGAAGGGAAGACAGCUUCUUCACACAACCUACAAAAUGUUUAUGACGGCGGCAGGUGUGGAGGUGCUCAGCCUGUUGUUCCAUUGUGUCUACUGGGGCCUGUAUGCUAGAGAUGGAGUUGGCAACGGCAGCCUGAAACUACUCGGGAAAUUACUGUUCUCCGUCAGUUUCUUGGUGUUCCUUCUGAUGCUCAUAUUGUUGGGCAAAGGUUUCACUGUCACCAGGGCGAGGAUCAGUCACAGCGGGUCUGUUAAGUUGAGCAUCUAUAUGACAGUCUACACAAUAACCUACGUCAUACUCUUCAUCUACGAGGCAGAGUUCUUUGACCCAGGUGAAGUGCUGUACGCCUACGACAGCCCCGCAGGCUACGGACUGAUGGGCCUGCAGCUGCUGGCCUACGUGUGGUUCUGCUACGCUGUGCUGGUCUCUCUGAAACACUACCCUGAGAAACAGCCCUUCUAUGUCCCUUUCUUCACCACGUACACACUAUGGUUUUUCGCAGUGCCUGUUAUGGCUCUGAUCGCCAACUUUGGGAUUCCUCGUUGGGCCCGGGAGAAGAUCGUCAACGGCAUUCAGCUCGGCAUCCACCUCUACGCUCACAUCGUAUUCCUUAUUAUCACACGACCCUCAGCAGCCAAUAAGAACUUUCCAUAUCAUGUCCGGACGUCCCAGAUUGGGAUCCUGCUGUCCAGUCCGAAAGCAGGCGAGGGGGCGGAGAGUUUUCCCCAUCAUGCCUACGGAAACGGCUCCUUCCUGGGAGACUCUCAGCCCAACUUCACUGAACUCUUCUCCAUCCAGUCGGACCCGGUGAAGACGGUGGAGGAGACGGUGGCCCGUAAAGUCCCCGAGGUGCCGAGGAACAGCGAGCAGAAGAUCAUCACCACCGCUGCCGACUUGACGGCGAUAUUGCCUCCACCUCCGCCUCCAAUACCCCAACGCCCUGCCACGCGGUCGCCCCCGCUGCCACCCCGGCUCCCGUCCUUCACCGAGUAUUUCAGCAUGCAGAGCGGAGGAGGAGCAGGGUUUGGAACCAAGGCAUGAGACAGGACAGAGGGCAGGACAGAGGGAGAGGUGGGGAGGCGUCGAGGGAACGGACAGAAUGACAAUACAAAGUAAAGAAAGAGUCAAAGUGGAAAUGAAGGUGUUACUCUUUUAAAGACAGCCAAAAAAAAGUCUGGAUGGAUGAAGAAGAGAAGUGAAUCCCUAAACGUUCCCUUUUCACCUGUGAAUGGAAAUAACCUGAAGAGUGAGGGGGGAAUGGCUGUGAGAUAGGAGUGCUAAGCUUGUUAAAGAAUAAAGAAGCAAUAAAUAUUUGAUGUUGACCAGUAAAAGGCACACAGGGAGAAAGAUGACAAAGUGGAUGUAGCCAGAGCAAUAGGAUGGUCGCUGUGCACGAUGUGGAAGUGAACAAAAUUCUUGAAAUACUUCUGUUCAAAAAUUCAUGAGGCAUUGAUGGUGUGUCUGAAGGAGUUUGUAAAUAGCUAAAACUGGAGAGAGCUACCACUCUAUAUAGUUUUAUUUAAAAAAGGAAAUUUCUUUUUAUGUUUUUUUUCCACAUGAUUAAAUUCCAGUUGGUGCUGUGAAAAAAUAAAAUAAUUCAUGCCAUAACAUUUAUCCAAGUCAUGUAAAAAAAAAAAAAAAGAAAACUUUUUUAUGUUUGACACAUUUUGAUAAAGCCUAGAUAUUCUAUGGAGUUUGUUGGGUUCAUUUAUAUUCUUAUAUGCCUUCAUUGCAGCUGGUUAUUCUGGAUUGAUAUGCUGAUGUGUAAAUGUAAAAUGUCACGUUUACUGUGGGCACUUCUAGGUACUCGUAAAACACGCAUGUUUGUAUCGUAAUUUCCCGUCCAAAAAGCUGAUAUAUGUAUCUUCACGUGACCAUACAAUAUUCGCUUAUUGUGUGUAUUGAAAUCUAUACUUUUGUAAAUACAUACAAUAGGCUUUAGUAUAUUUUUGACUGGAGGAAUUCUGUUAAUUGUUAUUCCAAUCAAAAACCUUGCGCUGUCUGAAACAUUAAAACCAAUAUUAUGUUGGUUUUAGUUGAACUUUCACUGGAGUGCAGAUUAUGCCUGCUCAAAAAUGUCAUUUCUGUGUAUGUAGACGUUGGUGAAUGUACUGAUGCAAUACAGCACAAAGACAGGGGUGAUUUUCAAGUUAAUGGAAUACUUCAGUACCCCUUUUGUCUAAUUUUCUUUUCUCUCUCUUUGGCUUUCAACUGCAACACAUAUGUGAUUUAAGAGCAGGGGGCUGCCUUUUUAAAAAACAAGUAACUUCAUUUUCACCCCUGUCUAGUACCUAAAACAUGAAUAUUUGUUGGCUUUAUCUCAUUCAAACUGUGUGAAAAGCUGAACAAAUAUUACUAGUUUCAUAUCCCCUAACAUUGAGCAAUGACAAAAGAAAAAAGCCUUGUAGAUGAACUAUGAAAACGGCAACACAACUGUACAUUUUGUCUGUCCUGCAUGGAGCACUUUAAUGUUCCUGGUCUUAGUCUGUUUAUUCGUGAUGAUGUCACCUUAUAAGACUGCUUUGAAACCUGUAUUCACACCACUUCGAGUAGUAUUCCAAACGCAUACACCUGUAAAUACAGUGAGUGGAAAUGUCAUCGACUGUCAUGACGUUUUUAGGGAAUGUAUCAUGCUCAGUCAACGUAAUUUUAACAUUGAAUUGCUGAAGUUGAUAAGUCAUGUGAGAGUGGGGCUGAGGUUACCACCAGCUUCCUGCAAAUUCAGAAACUAAAAGCAAAAAAAAAAAAAAAAUCAGUGAAAGGACGCUAACAAGUUCAGUUUUAUCUUGAUUUCCGACUCUUAAAAACGGUGGUACUCAGCUAAUAGUGCACAGAUUUAUCAAUGGCAAUCUUGCUGUAAUGGAGUACUGUAGGAUGUUAGGACUGUGGUGUGUAACUUGUAAGAGUGUAACUUAGUCUGUGAAACAGAAUGAUACUUGAACUAGAGUACUAGUCGUUGUUUCUGGUUGUGUCCGGUUUAUAUUUGGCAUGUCUGCCAUUUUGUCUGCUGUUGCCUAGUGUUGUGGUUGCCAUGACUUUACCGAAUAGACACCGGGUGACUCUACUAACAACAGACGGGCUUACUGAUACUGUAACACUGCUUCAACCUUGUGUAUUUUGACGUACAAUUACAGGACGGACACUGAAGUGGAGGGAACUUGACGUAAAGAGAUUAUGUAUGCAUGACAGAAAACAGCACAGCUUUUAGGCUACUCAGAGCGAUCUGGUUAAGAGCACAUCACUGAAGCACUAUUCAAAUGCAUUUUAAUGGUGUCAAUUGACAAUUCUAAAUACGCUGUACAUAUACACUUUUUGCCGAAAUAAUAAAAAAUAUGGUUUUAUUAGA